GUCAGGCCGAGGCAGGCCCGCCCGCCCGCUUGGAGGGAGGCGUGGUACGAACGAAGCCAAGCAUGAUAAAAGAGCUAACUAUGUCCAUUCAUGUUCAGACCUGACGCCUCUGCUUUGCCUAAACGCGCUGACCAAGCUAGCCCGGAUGGCGUACUCCACCGGGACUCUGGCACAAGGCUGCUUCGGCAAAGUGUACCGACAGAAGUACGACGACACCUGGGCCGCCAUUAAGAAGGUUCCCCAGCACCUCAUCAGCAGGAAGGACCUGGAGAGAGAGUGCGAAGUGUACAACAAAGCCCAUCACUCAAACAUCGUCAAGCUUCUGGGCAACAUCAACCUGAAAGAUGGCAAAUGGAUCAUUCCGCUAGAGUUCAUCUUCGGCGAGGACCUGGAGACCACCAUAUUUAAGUCGGCAAAGUCCAAAAUACAGCUGACGCCAACAAAUCGAGGCAAAAUCAUCGUAGGCAUGUGCGAGGGCCUUCUACACCUCCACUGUUAUGAUAUUGUCCAUCAAGACCUCAAGCCUGAAAACAUCAUGGUGGAACACAACACAAACCGAGCCGUGAUCAUCGACCUGGGCCUGGCCAAGUUCUUCCGGCGCGGCCUCAACUCGGCCGUGGACAUGGGCAACGAGGCCUACUCGGCCCCCGAGGUGCUGCAGCGCCACAGCCAGCGGGACCAGCGCUCGGACGUGUGGGCCAUGGGCAAAAUUAUCGCCGAGCUUUGCGCCCGCGUCCGGCUGCACACCCCCAGCGUGUGCCCGGCCAAAAUCCAGGAGGUGAUGGGCAAGCAGCCCUACUGCCAGGCCGUGUGCAGGAUGGUGGAGAGCAACCCCACCCUGAGGGCCUCCAUGGUGGGCGUCAUCGGCGACAUAAGGAAGGCGGUCGGAGGUCUGGGACACCUAGCGCCGCCGCAGACGCAUGUCAGGAACCGGUCGGCAUCACUGGGUCAGAGGGAAGCGUCACCGGGUCGGAGAGGAGCGUCUCCGGGUCGGAGAGGAGCGUCACCGGGUCGGAGAGGAGCGUCUCCGGGUCGGAGAGGAGCGUCUCCAUACAACAAUGAGCGGCAAGCACACUCUCCAAUGAACAAGCGUGGAUCCCCGCUGGGGUGGGAGCGCACCCCUCGACCGGACAUUAAACUCGUCCACCGCGGCCCCAGACAGCCGCGUUCGCUCUCACCGCAGAGGAUCCAGGCGCUAGCAGGUGGCGGCGGCGCACUGGAGCUGUCCAAGGACAUGAUGAAGAUGGGCUUGUUCCAGGAUGCCACCCGCGGCCUGCCACGCCAGCUGCCCACCACCGGCCGAGUGAUGGUGCGCCACUUUGAGGAGAAGAACGGAGAGGUGGAGAGGUGGGCACAGAAAGAAGUGGUCAUGCGCGACGGCAAGAUCGUCAAGUACAACAACGUUACAUUCAACAGCUCGUAGUCGAUGCAAAUGAUCACGUUUCAAUCUUAUUACAGUAUAUCACCAAUGACUGUGAACCAGUUAGCUCUUUUGUACUUUCAGUUGUAUUUCUCUUGAUUUUUUUUUGGGUGAUUUCUGUACAGUGCAUAGCUU